AUGGCCUUCUUUGUGCUCUCUACUCCUCGCUGUCCUCACAACCUCCAUUAUGCAGCUGGUAAUCGACGCUGUCAGGGAUUACUCAUGAAUGGGCCAUCAUAUGGUAAUGGGCCUUGGCCUUGGCAUAGUCGAGCAUUGGCCUGGAUGUCAAGCAUUGGCGUGGACCACAGGCCGUCACCUACAAGAGCGCAGGAGCACCAGCUGGAAAGAUCAUCAAACAACAAAAUACAAACAGAGCCGUCGAUUUUGGUCCUCCCCCAUGGAUCCUUCUACCAAGCUUGUCCUCGGCGAGAUGCGCAGGCUCUUUGCCGAGCACAACGCGUCGAUCGCGCCCACGCCCGCACCAUCCGCGGCCAUUUCGGUCGCCACCGUGCCCGCGCCUUCCGCCGCCCACUGUCUGCCGUUCCAGCGGGCCCACUACACCCGGCACUCCGCACCGUCGCCGCCGCCGUGCCCGUGCUCGUGCCCGUGCCAGCGCCACUGCCCCGCCAGAUCCUCUGCUCGCCAGGAGUCGCUGGAGGCGGUGGAGGAACAGGGGGCCCGAUAUGGCAAAGCCGGAUGGACGAGGGGUGUGCAGCCGUGGAGGACAUCGCCGUCUACAGGGGCCAUGACGACUGCCUCCACAACGACGGUCAGCCAUUGCUCGGCGGUGAGACCAUCUCCUUCGAGUACGCCAACACGUUCCCGUCCGAGCUCUCCGUCCGUGUCGCCACCUGCAUCGACCCCACCAUGCCAACUACAUUUAGGCCUGCUUCCAUCUCCAUUCAAGCGCAAGUGGUGUUUGACAAAAUGCCGAGAAGGUACAACACUAGCGUCUACCCUCCUCACUCCAAUGGAGUUGCUGCGUUUGGGCCUGUCUCUGUCAUUCAAGAGGCCCCUGAGAGCAUACAGAGCUGUUUCUCGCCUCCAUCCUGUCGUAGCUGGGAUGCAGUGCCGCAUAAGCAACCAUGGCCGCCACCGGAGCAGUUUGGGACGCAGGGCAAUGGAGUUCAACUUAGGCCAACACCCUGGCCAUCUUUCAUUGGAAAUACAGUUCAAGUGGCAGACCUUAUCAAGUGGCUUUGCUACAAUUCAGAGUGCACAGUUGCGGGACCUCUCUUUCGUUUGCAUCUCAUUAUAGCUAGAAGAGUCAGGAUGCUGGUGAUGAACUGGGACUGUAUCUGGUUCAAGGUCCAUUGGCGACUACCUGCAUGUGUUUGUGGGACUCUCACAGAGCCAUCUUUACCACACAAGUAUUUUAAAUGGAAAAUUAUUGAGCGUGUGGUCCAAUGUGGGCAGCAUUGCCAUGAAUUACUCAAACCUGCAGGGCAAGUAGACAAGUUCAACAAGGAGCUUCUGACAUGUAUAUUGGUGCUAUCACCCCCAUGGACUUGGACGCCCCAAUGCUUACCUUCAGUUCGACGGCUAAUCAGUGGUGGUGGUGAUCUGGGAGCAGUAACAAGGAAAUUGUUCUAUUCCUACCAAACUAAAGUAGUGGCAGGGCAAGGAUUCAAGCCCUGGAAUGAGAUUUCUGUUCAUGUCACGAUGAUGACAACAUUGAAACCAGUCGAUCAAUCUUCUGAACAUGUUCCUCGUCUUCUUCGUGCUACUGAACUCAUCAUAGUAAAAUUGAUCGAUGGGACUCCGGUGAGAAUAUGGGAGUUGGUUGAUCGAUCAUCGGGCCAUGGAAUUCCAUGGGUUCUCUUUUUGGCUAUUGCUUCUGUCUAUGGGUACCGGAACUUGCAGUGCAUUCUGGCAUUAUUCAGCUUGUACUGGCCUGUAACUUUUGAAAAGGAGGUGGGGCUUGGCUGCUUGAUUUGGAACAUACACAUGAGCAGAGUUGUCGAGUGUUUGUAUCAUGAUCUUUUUGGUACUCCACUGUUCAUUAGUAUGAAAGCAAAGGACUACAACAGGAAGAACAUGCAUAGUCCAGCUGCGGAAGCUCUCAUUACCAAACUUCUAAAGGACGCAUCUGCAAAAUGUUUAGUAAGCUCUAGUCAGAUGAUGAAAGGAUUCUAUCGUGUUGCUAAGAGCCUUGCUGCGAUCAUUCUUGCUAUACCAUCUGCCAAGUUGGCAAAGUCUGAACCAACUGUGACGCAUGUUGUAGCUCCACAUGCCCUACCCAAAGAUACUGGAAGACAACUUUAA